AUGCCAGUUCCCGUCCCGCUUUACACGAAGCAGCCUGCUCACCCGGUGAUCAAGACCAAUCGGUCCAUCGACUCAGAUUACGAGCCAUCGGUAUUUCAGCACUUGACUCAGCCUCCCCUGCCUCCCAGAGGCCCUCCGCCCUCUCUCGCGACGCGCGAGGAGUGGAUUAGUUCCUUGCCAUCGUGGAGAAGAAACAAACCUCGUCGCAUUUGGGAGGAGGAUAUCGGCCGCUUCCAGGGGUGUGUGCCUCAGGAUUUUGAGGAAGGGUUGGCUGUUGCGGGGAACGCAGCGGUCAGUAAAGGAGCACCUGCGCAAGCGUGCAUUCCGCCCGUCUCUACCCUCGUCACCACUGCCGGUUUGGCCCUCUCAUCCCCCCUCAUCGACAUGUACCCCGAUCGUGGAGUUGAACCAGAUCACAGGAUGGAUAUCUACUCGCCAACCACUCAUGGUUGGCCGUACGAAGUCGGCCCCCAGUUCCCUACCCACCCAUCCGCGAACAACGAGGAGUAUGAAGAUCUGACUAUGGAGAAUGACUCUGAUUCAGCCAUGGACUAUGGCCAGUACGAUAUCGGCCGCUCUGCACCACUUGGCGACAAUGGUGAAGACGGCGGUUCAAGUGGGCUCUAUAUAGAGCAGGACUAUCAACGCGGCGCGUUCAGCCCUGUCUUCGAGGAUAUAUCCCCCGAACGUGCAGAUAUGCAUGAUCCUGCGUCCAGCCCUAUGGGGCCAGCUACCCCCUUCGCAGACUUCGUUGAUAGGGCAGUCGCUGAAGCCCAUGUGGUGAUGUCUUACGAUGCUGUUCAGCCCGUCAACAACUCUAGAGAGAUGCAGUAUGGUUACCACGACGAUUAUAGUGGCGAUGUGUGCUACGAGUGCCAAGCUUAUCGACAUGCCGAGCAGCAUGUGCAGGUACAGGUGCCAGUCCCAGAGCCUGUGGUCACUCCCACCGCGACUACCGCUUACAAGAGACUUGCUGAACCGCUGUCUGAGUGGAUCGCCACAUACGUUUGGAAAGUUUGCACAACGGGGACGAGUCUACCGCCUGUAUACCAGCCUACCGCGUACACCAAGCACUACUCGAGCAUGCCGCCUAGCCAUCUCGCAAGUUCAACUCAUGCCAUGCUUCUGUCUACGCUGCUACAGCCGUCUGCCGUAUAUCUGGCACUGUGGUAUAUUGUGCAUUUGCCUGUGUUCUUUGGCCCUACAGGUCUCGGGAGCCAGAAUGGCGUGGCUAACCGCUUUGUGGCCGAGUUCCUUGGCGAGGGCCGCAUGAGUCUCGACCAGGAUGCCAUCGAGGCGUAUGCCCCUUUCCGGCUGAUUCUCCUGGGAUGCAUGCUGGCGAACAAAUGGCUAGACGAUCACACCUUCUCCAACAAGACUUGGCAUACGAUCUCCCACGUGCCAGUGCAGUCCCUGAACAGACUUGAGUCCCUGGCGCUGGACCUUUUCGAUUACGAUCUGUCCAUCUCCCCCCAGCAGUGGUCAGAUUGGCUCUCCCAUCUUCUGUCAUACCAUGCGUCCCUAUCGUCGUCAUCCUGUCCUCAGCCCAUCUCUCGGCCAUCGAUGGACCCUCACACGAUAAUCCGCAAGGCCAUUGAGACACUGAUUCAGGCCGAGGCUCCAGCGAUUUGCCAGUGCUGCAAUGAGAAGAUCUGCACAUACUGUCCACCUGAACCGAUCUUCGUGGGUAUCGAAGGGAGAAGAGGGGAGAAGGUGGAGGUAGAGCAGCCGUAUGACGUCGACGUGCUGGAAAUCGAUCUGGACGAGGAUGGCCCGUUGAGAGAGGAGUACCUUCCGAGGCGUCGUAUCAGCGGGGCUGGCUCUACGCGUCGCUCACAGAUGCAAGAGAAGGCUAUGGAAGCGGACAGGAUCCUGCCUCCUCCGGCGAAGUGGAGCCCAUCGGCUGACGAGCCCAUUAUGCGUGACGGGACUCGAGCGCAUGCGCAGUAUGUGGCCGUACAACCAAUCAUGGCUGUUCCACCCCCACCUCCGCUGCCAUUCCAUCAGGUGCUCGAUCCUCAUCGUCAGACGUGGUCGAUGGCAGGCUAUGUUUCCAAGCAGGAGCAAGUGUCCGCGUAUGGUGUCCCCGUCUUCCAGACUCAGGCGCCUUAUAUCGCCUACGAUUACACCUAUCCGUUGUCACAAACACAUUCGCGUUCACAGUCGCUUUCUUACCAUCAGGCGAUUGACGGGUCGUCCCAGGGACGUGUCCGCUCGUAUUCCCAGAGCAGAUACGAGCCAGGUUAUAGUGAAGUGCGAUUCUCUUACAGCCAGUAUCCUCCGCCGAAUGUUCCGGUCAGCCGCUGGCUGAAUGUUGACCCUCGCUAUGCCAAGUGCUACGAUGCCCCUAUCAUAUCUCAGCAGAGGACCUCCCUGCAAGUGUGA